UAUUAUUAUUUCUGUUCGUGUAUUUUUGUACGAUUUUUCGAGUAGCGAUCCAAGUUCACGAGAUCAAAAAGAUCCAAACAAACCAUCUGAUCGGAAUCUACUAAAACCCUAGAAUUUAUUUCCUUUGAUCAAAUUCAAUCUCCACAAAAAUUAUGAGUGAACCAGGGAAGGAUUACAGCCAGCAGCAGUACCAUCAAGAUCAGCAGCAGCAGCAGCAACAGCAACAGCAACCGCCUCAUCAGUAUGGAACUUUCCAAGGGGUUCACAACUAUCCUCCGCCGCCGCCGGUCAUCGGUUUUCCUCAGCCUGUUCCACCUCCCGGCGCUCACGGUGGUUCUUCGGUCAACCCUUACGUUCAUGGUUACCAGGCUGUUACAGGUUAUGCGAUUGCUGAAGGAAGACCUGUAAGAGAGAGGCGCCUUCCAUGCUGUGGUAUUGGUAUCGGGUGGCUCUUGUUCAUUAUUGGUUUCUUCUUGGCGGCUAUCCCCUGGUAUGUUGGAGCAUUCAUUCUAAUAUGUGCCAGAUAUGAUCACCGGGAGAAACCUGGAUACAUUGCUUGCCUAAUUGCUGCAAUCAUUGGGACAAUUGCUAUCAUUUUUGGUGUUACAAAUGAUGACUGGGACUGGGACUUGGACUGGUAGUGAGGCAUGGCCAGCAAGCAAAGUCAGCUGUACAGAAUUAAGCAAGGGGUGGGUUGAUGCAUAUAUGAAAUCAAUUCAGUUUAAGGUUUGAUUACGCUUUCUACUGUAAUGGGUGUAUUACAGUGAAUUUGUAACAUCAAUUAUGAAUAUAAACUAUUACUAGUGAUUGUUACACAUUCAUGAGAGAUUGUGAUGUUUUUAGGUGGUUGUAAUAGUGACUUCCAUCUGGGUGAGUCUUGAAUAUUUAUUGAUGUAUGUUUAUCGUUAAAUGUAGUCACUUUUAUGCAUUAUGAAUUGCUCUUGAUC